CUCUGGAUGGGGACCGCAUCUGUCCUCUUCAGUCCGCGUCCUCCCUCCAUCCUCUGACGGGCCAGCCCUCCUCCGUCCCGCCCUCAGCCCCGGCACCGCUCCGCUCUGGUAUCAUCCAUCUCUGCACCGGGACACACACAAACACACAAGGAAAAAAAAAAAAGAGGCUGCAUGAUCAGAACAGGAGAUAGAACAAGAGGACGCUGAAACAAAAACAAAACACCAGCACACAGGCUGCUGUUGUCCUGCACCGUGAAGGCGGUCCGUGUUUAUACAAAGCCACCGACAAGCGUCAGUCGUUCAUUAUUUAAACUGGUCAUCACAGCGAUACUCGGCGGGUCCCACUCGGCUGAUGAAGUGAUGCAUCCGACAGGACUGUGCGAGCUGUGAAAUGAUUUGAUCUGCGCUCUUGUGGAUAGAUCCAGUUGGUGUGGUUAAUGACAAGAGAGAGCAUGAAGUUUGCGGUUGCGGUGUUGUGGUUCUCCCUGGUUCUCGGGAAGGCUACUAUGCAAGCUCAAGAAGACUUUGUGUCGCUGGCUGAGAUGGAGGAUUCCUUGUUGAGGAACCUUUUCAAGGGUUACCAGAAGUGGGUGCGGCCUGUCCAGCAUGCCAACGACACCAUCACUGUACGCUUUGGACUCAAGAUCUCGCAGCUGGUUGAUGUGGAUGAAAAGAACCAACUGAUGACUACAAAUGUCUGGCUUUGGCAGGAGUGGGUUGACGUGAAGCUGAAGUGGAACCCUGAUGACUACGGGGGCAUUACCUCCAUCAGAGUGCCUUCAGAGACUAUAUGGCUCCCUGACAUCGUGCUGUAUGAGAAUGCGGACGGUCGUUUUGAGGGUUCCCUGAUGACCAAAGCCAUUGUGCGCUGGGAUGGUACCAUAACCUGGACUCCACCCGCCAGCUACAAGUCCUCCUGCACCAUGGACGUCACCUUCUUCCCAUUCGACAGACAGAACUGUUCAAUGAAGUUUGGCUCGUGGACUUACGAUGGGAACAUGGUGGACCUGGUCCUGGUGGAUCAUUAUGUGGACCGUAAAGACUUCUUUGAUAAUGGCGAGUGGGAGAUCCUCAAUGCCACAGGAGUAAAGGGAAGUAGGAGGGAUGGGGUGUACUGGUACCCGUUUGUCACCUACUCCUUCAUCCUCAAGAGAUUGCCCUUGUUCUACACCCUCUUCCUCAUCAUCCCAUGCCUUGGUCUCUCAUUUCUGACUGUGCUGGUGUUUUACUUGCCAUCAGACGAAGGAGAGAAACUGUCACUUUCCACAUCUGUGCUGGUGUCACUUACUGUGUUCCUCCUGGUCAUAGAAGAAAUCAUCCCUUCAUCCUCCAAAGUGAUCCCACUGAUCGGAGAAUACCUGCUCUUCAUUAUGAUCUUUGUCACGUUCUCCAUCAUCGUCACCGUCUUUGUCAUUAACGUCCACCACCGUUCCUCUGCUACUUACCACCCCAUGGCUCCCUGGGUAAAGAGCCUCUUCCUUCAGAGACUGCCCAGACUGCUGUGUAUGAGGGGGCACACUGACAGAUACCACUUUCCAGAUAUGGAGAUGCACAGCCCGGAGCUGAAGCCCCGCAGAGGUGUGGGGAGGAGGGGGGUUCCUGGACACAGUAGCGGCCAGCAGAGAGGCCCCCUUGGUGGGAAGGAGGAUGAGAACCAAGCCUGGCUGGCCAUGCUGGAGAAAGCCACGAAUUCAGUUCGCUACAUCAGCCGUCACAUCAAAAAGGAGCACUUCAUACGAGAGGUUGUUCAAGACUGGAAGUUUGUGGCUCAGGUGUUGGACAGAAUUUUCCUGUGGGCCUUCCUCACAGUGUCAAUACUGGGAACUGUCUUAAUCUUCACUCCUGCUCUGCAGAUGUACCUCAGCACACCUUGAUGAACACACACACACACAAACUCAAGAAUACUCCAACAGCGCAUUCUUAUUUUCCAGUUUGUCUCCGACUAUGAUUUAUUGAUAAAGCGCAAUAAAACAUUUACACUGUAUAUUUUUAUUGUGGAAAACUUUUACCUCCCUGCAGUACAGUAUAGUUUCCAGCCUGUAAUGAGUACUGGAAACUGUAAUGUUCUGCAUGCACAGGGGUGCAAAGGUGUGAAAGUAACAAGCAGGUUAUGGUAGCGUGUAUGAUUUGAAUAUGUGUUUGUACAACUGUAACAUUGUAAUUAUACAUGCACAAGUUGCAUCCCUUCAUGAAUAAUGAGUUGUUUUGUGUGUCACAUGCACCAUGUGGUCCAGCCAGCUGUAAAUGCUGUAAUGAUGAUGAUAAUUAAAUGAAAUCUGAUGUACAAAAUCA